UUUUUCCAUAAAUUGAGAAUUGAGAGAGAGGGGAGAAUUAAUGAGGAGGAUAUAGCAAAUAAGGGAGGCAAGGCCUGCAAUAAGGCAAGAAAGUGAACGUGACGAGACUCUUCUCCCCCUAUAAAUCUCUCUGCCUUCUUCCUCUGCUUCAUCACCCCCACCCCCCUUUGAUUAUCUCCGUUCGCAGUUUCAUACAAAGGUCUUGAAAACAUGAAUCUCUCCAGCGACGAAUCUUGCGUGAAGGAAGAGGAGUCGUCGAAGCCUUGUCAGAGUGGAAGGGCGGAUGAACUUCUCGAAGCUGAUUUAUCGAUAAAUUCCAAUUCGAAUUCACAUCCAAACGCUCAGGAGGACCCGGAAAACGUUUCUAAAACUGCUUCUGUUUCAUCUCCCAAGAACUCGAACAAAUCCGAUCUCACAGAAACAUCCUCCUUCAGAAACUCUGCAUCUGCAAAGAAUGAAGAUCAAGUGGAAUCAUCACUGCAAGGAGAUCAGAUGACGGUGCUUUCCAAUCUCAUUCAACCCCGCGACAGUUUUUACAAAGGAGAUGAAGCUAUAGCCCCGAAAAAUAACGACGAGUCACGUUCUUCCGAGGAGGAAGUGAAUAUCUGCGAUAUCUGUGGGGAUCUCGGACGAGAGAAGUUGCUUGCUGUCUGUAGCGUAUGUGGAGUUGGAGCGGAACACAUUUACUGCAUGCGUUUAAAGCUCGACGAGGUUCCUGAUAAUUGGAUUUGUGAAGACUGUGCCUCUGCGGGAAAAGGCGGAAACCGAAAGGAGGAGGACGUGGAAGGGAAAGAGGAGUCUAUGAACGGAACAGGAGGAGAGUUGCAUUGCGAAAAGGACGGUAAAUUAUACCAGGCUGCAAAAAACGAAGUGUUAGGUUCUGAAGAAGAGGAGAAGGGUCUAAUAACGAAUGGAACAGCGAAAACGGAUUCUCACAUUCCGUGUGAGAAUAAAUCGAAAGCCCCUUCAUAUGAUCAGAUAAGAAGCUCUAGGAAAAGGAAAGCAGUUAACACAAGGGCCGGGGAUUUCUCUAACAAGAGAUCUGUCAGAACGAAAACGGUAUCAAACAUAGUCAGCUUGCCAGACCUUAGGAACAGACCCGUUUGUGUUCACUCUGCCAUCGGUGUUGGAACUAAUGCUAGGUUGUUUCCUGCUAUGGAGAUGUCGAGCUUAGUGAGUAAAAAGAGCGUAAACUAUGGGAUGAGUCUUUCGAGGGAUGAUGAUCCUACAAUGUCUUACAAUCCGUUCAACGGACCUAAUCGUCCCGGGGGUGCUACCCCUCAGUUUCACGUCUUCCCGCUACCGUAUUUCAUAUGGCAGGGAAGAUUCAAGCUACAAAGGAAUGGGGUAUUUUCGGGUUUCUGCGAGGGGAUUCAGGCUCAUUUAUCGCGAUCAGCAUCACAGAACACGGUAGCAUUAUCCCCGGCAUUCUCUCGGGAGAUAUUAAUUGAGGAAACACCGAGAUCAGCCAUGUGGACGACUCAGUUCACGGAAAAUCAAGCAGCUGCAAAGAACAUCCACAUAUACUUCUUUUCAAAAGAUCCGAACAGGCUCGAAUGUGGCUACAAGAACUUACUGCAGCACAUGAUUAUGAACGAUGUAUGUCUCAGGGGAAAGGUUGGCGGGUUUGAGCUUUUGAUCUUCUCAUCCGACAAACUCGAGGACGGUUUUCAGCGUUGGAAUGGCGUCCCCUUUCUAUGGGGUGUGUUCAGGGAACCGAAACCGAUAUCCAUUGGAAGUUCCAGAGCAAAUGGGUAUCAUCAAGAAUGCAACUCCGAGCUCAACCGUGCCCAGAUCCCGCAAGCUCCAUUCGAAUCCCGGCUCGUUAACUUCUUCCAGAUGGCGAGAAGAACAUUUGAAGAAGGUUCGAACUUGUCAUGCAACCUGUCCCUCGGAAAUUCCGAAGCCGCAGCCCCGAAUCUGGAGCUAUCUUUAGGGGUAGGAGGAGCUCCUGCUUCUGCUUCAAGAAACAUCAUCGGGGAGGAACCCUCCUCGUCGGCUGUCUCUUCAAGGAACCCUAACUGUAGCUUCCGGUCUAUACCCUUCCUCACCAGCUACCCUUUCCGCAUCGAUCCAUCCGUUACGACAGAACAACCAGACUUAGAGGAGAUGCCGCGCGUGGACACUACUCUCUCCCUCUGACAAUGCUCUUCUCCUUUUCACAUAUAGAUUUAUGCACAAAUACAGCGGUGGGAUAAAAGAAAAAUGAUACAAAGAGUCCGUAAUAGUUUUUCUAUUUCUUUACAGAAAGGGAACAUUUCUUUUUCUU